CAUCAUCCCUUCUUACCAUUCUCGCCUGUCAAUUUGGCUCAGCAAUCAAAAGGCAUCAUGGCAAACAAUGCCACUGAGCCAAUCUUGCUUGGUGUGGCAGCAAGAGAUAGAAAAGCAAGAAGUAAGCCAAUGUCACAAAUCCUAAAUAGGAUCUUAAACAAUCCAGAAAUCAAUUGUCAAAUUGUAAACUUUGGUGAUAAAGUCUUACUUGAUGAACCACCAGAAUCAUGGCCUGUGGUGGACGUUUUGAUUUCAUUCUUUUCCGAUGGUUUCCCAUUGGAUAAAGCAAUCGCUUAUGCUGACUUACGUAAACCCGUUCUCGUCAAUGAUUUACGUUUGCAAAAGGUUCUGUGGGACAGACGGGCUGUUUUGGCAAUCCUCGAUGCCGUAAAGGUACCCACACCUCGUCGACUGGAAGUGGACAGGGAUGGAGGUCCAGAAGUAGAAGAAAAAGUGUUUGAAGAUCUCAAGAAGAGACUCAAGCUUGAUCUACGAAAAGGUCGUCAACCUUCAGUAGAAUGCAAAAUAUCCGAAGAUGAUAUCGAUACUUUGAUCAUUACCAAAACAGAGCAGGAUGGUAAAGUAAACACCACCACAAUGAAGAAGCCAUUCGUGGAAAAACCUGUUAGUGGAGAAGAUCAUAAUAUUCACAUCUACUUUCCCAAAUCAAGAGGAGGAGGCGGAAGAAGAUUGUUUCGUAAAGUAGGAAACAAAUCAUCUGAAUAUGAUGCAGAACUUAUUCAUCCAAGAGGAGAUGGUUCAUACAUUUACGAGGAGUUCAUGGACGUUGAUAAUGCCGAAGAUGUAAAGGUAUAUACCAUCGGACCGCAUUUCGUUCAUGCGGAAACACGCAAAUCGCCCGUUGUGGAUGGAAUGGUGAAGAGAAAUCCAGACGGAAAGGAAAUUCGUUAUAUCACAAAAUUAACCGAUGAAGAAGUUCAAAUGGCAACAAAUAUUUCCAACGCAUUUAAGCAAAAUAUUUGCGGAUUUGAUCUACUUCGAGUAGGAAAAAAGAGCUAUGUGAUCGAUGUGAACGGUUGGAGUUUCGUGAAAGGAAAUGAUUUCUACUAUGAUAAUUGUGCAGAGAUCUUGUCUAAAUUCUGCAAGGUCAACGUACCCAGACCCUUAAAUCAGAGCAGGGGUCAUACACCAACACGAGGAGGUGAUCAAGAACAAGCAUCUUGGACUUUGAAAGCGAAUGUGACCGUAUUCAGACACGGUGACAGAACCCCAAAGCAAAAGCUAAAGCGAUCCUUCAAGCCGAAAGAAAAGUGGGCUAAGCCCCUUUUGGAUCUUUUGCAGGGACGAAGGGAAGAGAUCAUCUUGCGAAAUAAUUUAGAAAUCAUCAGUCAAGCAGCACAAAAAGCGAUGGAAAUUGAAGGAGCAAAUGUGGAAGAUUUAAAGUUGGUGAUCCAAUUGAUCGAGAGAAAGAAAAAUUUCGGAGGUACAAAAGUACAAAUAAAGCCAUCGUUUGAUAAAAAGUCUGGAGAAUUGGAAAAGAUGCAAUUGAUCAUCAAAUGGGGUGGUGAAUUCAGUCAUGCUGCAAGACAUCAAGCAAAAGAUUUCGGACAAAACAUGCGAAGGGAUAUGGUAAUCAUGAACGAUGCUGCUUUGAAGAAUUGCACAAUCUAUACAUCUUCUGAGCGUAGAGUUACUGCAAGUGCUGAAAUCUUCGCUGCUUCCUUUUUGGAGGAGAAAGCUGAUCCGAGCAAACAUCCUUUGGAGUUGAUCAUUCGUAAGGAUUUAUUGGAUGAUUCAAAUGCGGCUAAAGAUUGGAUGGACGUUGUAAAGAAAGACUUAAAGCAUUUGCUACGUCCCGAAGUUGGUGGUAAUGACAAGCCCACCGGCUGGCCAGAAGACCUUGAUGGACCAUCAAUCUUAUGUUCGCGCGUUUCAGACCUUUUGAAGGAGCUAAGAUCAGUCAUGAGAUCAAAUUGGAACAAGAUUGAUGUUGAACGUGUUCAAAUGCGUUGGUGUACUCAUGAAACGCCUGCCUUGUUCCGCGAGAGAUGGGAAAAACUCUUUGCCGAUUAUGAAGAGGAUCCAUACGAUCCAGGCCGUACAAGCGAGCUGUACGAUAUGCUCUGUCAUGAUGGCUUGCAUAAUCGGCAGUUCUUUGAGACAAUCUUUACCAAUCCUGAAGAUAAAACGGAAGAUCGUUUACGCACGUUACAAGAUCUUUAUCGUAUGAGUAUGGCUUUGUUCAACUACAUUUGUCCAAGAGAGUACGGUAUCACCACAGACCAGAAGGCUCGUAUAGGCUUACUCACUUCGAUGCCCCUACUGGAACACAUCAUCGGAAACUUGCGUGCAUCAGACAAAUCGAGCUUAUGCUCUCUCUACUUCACAAAAGAAUCUCAUAUUCACACUUUACUCAAUUUGAUCUUAGCAUCAGAUCUGCCAAUCGUGAUGCCCAGUAUGCCACCUUUGGAUUACUUUUCUUCGAUCACAUUUGAAGUUUUCGAGAAGACUGUUGCACCCUCAACUUCUACAAACGCAAGUCCAAGAGAUUCGGUUUCUUUGCAAGGUAGUGUUGAUGCAAAUAACGGUGGCUCUUCAACAACUGCAAGUAGCGAGAAUGGCACGCCAAUGCGAUCAUUGUUGAUCUCUUUAUCCGAAGGUGCACAUAGCGAUAAUAUCCUUUCGGUUAAUGUGGACGCAAGGCAUGCGCUUACACCUUUGCCACGAAGACCCUUAACUACACAUAUCGAUUUAGACGAAGCUUUGAAUAAGCUAGGAGCUCAUUCAACCACCCUUGAUCAUUUAGACGCACCCAUAGAACGUGGUCAAGUAGAAGGAGGAGCGGUUUUCUUUGGAGAACAAGAUUCAGAAACGGGUGUUUUGCCGGUAAAACAACGUAGAUCAAGUACAGAUACAGAUCAAACUACCGGCAUUUAGACAUAGACAAUAUCAUCCUUAUACAAAAGUUUUUUGCACUAAUUAUCUAUCAUGUAUUCCUCGGAUUUUAGGAUCUUCGGUGACUUUGGUCACUCUAUUCAUCAUUGCAAUUUUUGUUCCCUUG